UGUAAAUAACUGUAGUGUUUACUCAGUUGUGGUGUCUUUUGUGUUCAUGUUUUGUGCUUGUGUCAAAUAAAGCAAGUAUUUUAAAUGAUGGGUCUGCUGGAACUGAUUCAAGGUGUUAGAGCAGCUGGUAGCUAGCUGUUAAGAAUCUUUACAUAACAGCUAGAAUACUUUCGAAAACUCGUCAUUGUAAUAUUAGAAACAUGUGCAAAAUUCAAAAUAGUAAUCAGCAAAUUUAAAUUAACAAUUUUUUUUCCAGUUGUAACACUUCUAUUGAGUGUCUAAUAUAAUUCACUUCUUUAAUCAGCUUUUAUAUUGUAUUGGACUACCAUGCUAAUGAGGAUAUUUGCUGCCUUGAUCUAUGCCAUGCCUUCUGUGCUUGAGUAUCAUGUAGGAAAUAGUAUUAGCAUUAGUCACAUGCAAGAUACCAUGGAAUUCAGAGCUAUCUGACUUUUAAAAAGGCAUAAUUGUUAUCAAAGAAAUGGCUGAUUUUGAAGGACAUAUCUAAUUCCGAAGAUACAUUGUGAGGAAACCUGUUGAAUGCUGCAAUUUCAAAGUGUUUCCAUGAAAAGGAGAACGGCUGCGGAGUCAUCGCAUCUUUCUUUGUGAAAGGGACAACGAUAAGCAGGCGAUUUACAAAACUGGUUUCUAAAUGCAACAUACGGUGGAAUCCGGAACUACGAAAGUGAAAAGAACAAUUCUUGUAACUCAAGUAGAAAAGUGUAAUUCCAACAAACAAAUGUAAAAAUGCAUCUUUCCCUUCAGUCAUGACAGAAAACUCUUGUGUGUACUGAAUGCAUGCAUGCGUUUGUGGGAACUUUUGAAAUCCCGUUUAGAAAUUGAAUGUGAAAGUAAAUAGGCUACUUUUGAUUUUUUUUUUUUCUGCAACUUGCUUUGUUUGAAAGCUUGAAUUUUUUAUUGCUUUUAUUUUUUAUUGUAAUGGAAAAGCCACGUUCUGAUGAUCUAUGCAAUCAAGUUGUUCCUCAGGAGGAAAUUUCAAAGGUCUUACAUACUCCUCCAAAAAAGAAAUCAUAUUCAUGCGAUGCUUGUGGUAAAUUGUUUUUCAAGUGGUGUAAUUUAAUAAUCCAUAUACGGACACAUACGAAGGAGAAACCAUACACAUGUAUUGUGUGCUAUAAAGCAUUUUCUGCCAAAUGGUCUUUAAAAAAGCAUAUUCGGACACAUACAAAAGAAAAACCAUACUCAUGUGAUGAGUGUUAUAAAGCAUUUUCUGACAAAUUUUCUUUGAACAGGCAUACUCGGACACAUGCGAAAGAAAAACCAUACGCAUGCGAUGUGUGUUAUAAACUUUUUUCUGACAACUCGACUUUCAAGAGACAUAUUCGGACACAUACCAAAGAAAAUCCAUACUCAUGUAAUGUAUGUUUAAAAGCAUUUUCUGACAAUUAUUCUUUGAACAAACAUUUUCGGACACAUACGAAAGAAAAGCCUUAUUCAUGUGAUGUGUGUUAUAAAGCAUUUUCUGACAACUCUUCUUUGAAGACACAUAUUCGGACACAUACAAAAGAGAAGCCAUACUCAUGUAAUGUGUGUCAUAAAAAUUUUUCUUUAAAUUCGCAUUUAAAGGCACAUUUAAGGACGCAUACCAAAGAGAAACCGUACUCAUGCGAACUGUGUCAUAAAAAUUUUUCCGUGAGCUCGCAUUUAAAGGCACAUUUAAGGACGCAUACCGAAGAGAAACCGUACUUAUGUGAUGUGUGUCAUAUAGGAUUUGCUCGCUGUUCGAAUUUAAAAACUCAUUUACGAACACAUACGAAAGAGAAACCGUAUUCAUGUGAUGUAUGUCAUAAAGGAUUUUCUCGCAGUUCGAAUUUAAAAACUCAUUUACGAACACAUACGAAAGAGAAACCGUAUUCAUGUGAUGUGUGUCAUAAAGAAUUUUCUAGAAACUCCCAUUUAAACCAGCAUUUACGGUCGCAUGCGAAAAAGAAACUAUGCACAUGUCAUGUGUGCCAUAAAGAAUGUGCUAAUAAUUCGUCAUUAAAUAAACAUAUUCUAACCCAUAAGGAACAAAAAUGAUUUGAAUGCAAUUUGUGUAAUGAAGCUCUUUCCGACAACUGACAUUUAAGAAACAUUUGUGAUUGCACGCGAAGGUGAAACCGUUUGCGCGUGUGAUUUGUAGUAAAGCAUUUACUUGUAAUCCAAAUUUAAAGAGGCAUUUACGGACGCACACGAAAGAAAAACCGUACACGUAUCAUGAGUGCUAGAAAGCAUUUUCUGCCAAAUCAUUUUGCAAUAAACAUUCAUACACAUACGAUUAGAAAUCCUAAGCAUGUGAUAUAUGUUGUAAAGAAAUUUUUUUUAAGACUCGAGUUCAAAGACGCAUUCACUAACUGAUAUGAAAUGCGAAAUCAUCUGCAACUUCGGUAAAUGAGAAUUUUCUGAUGCUGAUGUUUAAAAAGUCUGCGGGUGCGUAUUAAAGAUAAACUGUUUAAAUAAAGCAUUUUUAAUAAGAAAUUUUCUUGCUUAUGUUUUAAAGAGACAUUUGCUGACACAUAUUGCAUCAAAAGCAGAAAUCGAAUAAAAAUGAUAUUGUUGAUGUGCUCUCUCUAUAAGAGUGUUCCAUCUUAUUUUCCUUGUAACACACAUAUGAAAAACUGACUAAAUAUGCCUUUGUGAAUUAUGGAGUUUAAAGAUCUUUUUGAAAAGUAUGAAUCAUACUUAGGGUAUUUAAAUUAAUAUUAAAAGUGAAAUAAUUUAUAAAUGAAUAAGAUUCCAUUGUGAUUCACAAAAUAUUCAUGCCAGUUUUAGUUAUUCUCUUAUCAUUUAUUAAUUCCUUUCUAGUAAUGUCAUAUAUAUUUGAAAUUUUAGAAAAUUGUUUCCAUUUUCUUUUACAAUACUUUCACGCUUUAAUUUCAUUUCAAUGCAAUUACAAACACAUACUUAUGGAAAGCUUGUUGUUGUGAAAUACGCAUUUAAAUCGUUUUAAGCGAAGAAACGUUUUACGGAUAUAUCAACACUGUGAAAGAAAUUCACGGUGGAAAUUUUACACAAAAUGCGGCUAAAAAUAAAAAAAAGUUUUGUUUUAUUUAAACUUUUACCUGAAGUAUUAAUUCUAAUUUAGUAUAUCACAAUAUAUUGAUGAAUUUAUUUACAUUUAUUGUAGUUUGUUGUGACAGAUUGUGACAGUUUGUUUUUACAUAACUUUUUAUGAAUAAAUUGUAUAUUGA